AUGAGGGUCACACAUAGACAGACCGCAUUGCCAUGGGCCUUGUCUAUCCUCGUGAGGCAGGCCACAGCGGCUUACUGGAUUAACCAACUUGAUAACUACUCAUCAUUGCCUCUUUGCGCCGAGGGUCCCAUCAGUACGAUCGUGAGAGGCAUGGUAAAAGGAUGCGGUGAUGGGGGGCGCGCCACUUCGUACAGCUGCUUUUGCACAAAGAGCUCGUCAGCAUUCAAGGAUCUGAUCGCCUCAUCUGUUGGAAAAGAAUGUAGCGGAACCGGAUCGGAAGUCGCCAGUGCGACGGCACUCUUUGAGGAGUACUGUUCCUUAGGUAUCAAGCAGACGUCAGCGACUACAACAGGCUCGGAUGCCACCACAUCAACCGGAGAUAGUAAUUUAUCAAAGACGAACAGUGUGGCAACAUCUACAUCAGCUACACAGGCAGAGAGUAACUCUUCUGCAUUGACAACUGCACCCGCAUCCGUUACCACAAAUUCUUCAACUAUUAACAGCGUCGCAUCAACAACUGCUUACUCUGUUUCCGAUUCGACUUCACCAACCACCGAAACAAGCGAUGCAGACGCUUCUUCAAGCUCUGGUGCCAGUCUUGCAACCGGAGCAAAAGUUGCCAUCGGUAUCUGCAUCCCCCUAGCUGUAAUUGCUAUUGCGGCGGCCAUUUUCAUAUUCUUCCGAAGGCGCCGCGAGACCAAAUCUAACGACCCAUACGGAGGAGUUAGACUGGAAAGCCGGGAAGAAGUCCAAGUGUACCCCAAAUCUACCCCGGAGCUUGAUGGCACCUCCUACUCGCCUUAUGAGUCCCCUCUCCAUUCAACUUCAACCUCCCGAUUUCACCCACCGCAGGAGCCGAGAAUAGUCUACGAGAAGGCCGAGCUAGAUGGAACAUCUACUGCGGUUGGCCCAUCGAGGAACAAGUAUGAGCUUGAAUAA